CCUCGAAACACAAGAGUAAGGAGAUGGAUUAUUUAAAAGCCUCAAAAGGAUUCGGAUAGAUACCUUCCCCCUCCACUUCGAGUUCAGAAUGCAGCGGAAGCCUGAAGUUGGAUGAUUCAUCUUCAGACGAAAGCAAAUGAAAGCUAUGCUGAAUGUUUAUUUUGUACGGGUCGAUUUUCCGAACAGAAGAAGUGUGAAUAUAGACAAAAUACAAGUAUGCUAGGAGCAUCAAAUCGCAAUUUGAUUUAAAAAUAUACGCUCGUUUAAAACAAAAAA